ACACUCAUUCACACAUCAUGGCGGCGACCGUGAAUAGUGGAAAUGCCCCUGUGUCGGACACUCAAGCCUCAACCUCGGCUGAUCGGAGCUAUGAAGGUUCAACAUUUCAGUACAGCAUGCUCCUGGAGCACCUCAUCGGGGAGAAGAGGCCAAUUAAGGAUCUGAAUCCGACCGUUAUGGGGGGUCUUCCCAAUCCCAUGAAAACCGACGACCAGAAGAUGAUCGAACGGGGAAUGGAGAGCUGUGCUUUCAAGGCGGUGUUGGCCUGUGUUGGAGGGUUUGUUCUUGGGGGAGCGUUUGGUGUGUUCACGGCUGGUAUAGACACCAACGUGGGAUUUGACCCCAAAGACCCCAUGAGAACACCCACGGCCAGAGAGGUUCUCAAAGACAUGGGCCAGAGGGGAAUGUCCUACGCCAAAAACUUUGCUGUUAUUGGGGCAAUGUUCUCCUGCACAGAGUGCAUAAUUGAAUCGCACAGGGGAAAGUCAGACUGGAAGAAUGCUGUCUACAGUGGUUGUGUUACUGGGGGAGCAAUAGGAUUUCGUGCUGGGGCGAAGGCUGGCGUGCUGGGAUGUGGAGGUUUCGCUGCCUUCUCUGCUGCCAUUGAGUACUAUCUUCGGUGAAAACCAGGGCACCUUCUGUACCUCUGUGGACUAUGGUUGAGGGAUCACUGUCCCUCUGGACCAGAAACAGCCUUUAUACCUCAUGGAAAGAAAAAAAACAUCCAUGAUCUGAUCAUGAGGAUUGUCUAUACUUGGACAAUUCCACGUUUGACCUUUUGUUGACUGUAUCCUGGACACUGUACGUACAGUGGUGUCAUACUGGGUGGGCCAGUCUAGACUUAUGUGGCCCACUUGAUAUGCUGUCUUUAAUAAGUUAAACGUCAUUGAGAUUAACCUCUAAUCAGUGUCAGUCCAUAUAUUUUGGUUGAAGAUGAAAGCUGGCUAUUCUCUCAUUUAAUUUUUGUGGGUGAAAUUAAGUUUGAGUCCAUCAAAGAGUUUGAAUCCAAGUCAAUGUGCCCGUUUGAGUGGUAAUGACAAAAGUCGAGGAAGGUGUAUCAGUGACAGCCGGACACUGUGGUUUCCAACAGCAACGCUCAGAUCAAUGGCAGUGUUGCCAUUGUUUAUAAAAGGUUUUCUUUAUGUAGAAAUAAACAUGUCUCUAACACCCAUAUCACAAACAAACUGAAAUCAUGUGCAGUGAGCCUCAUAUGACAUUUACAGUGGGGGAAAAAAGUAUUUAGUCAGCCACCAAUUGUGCAAGUUCUCCCACUUAAAAAGAUGA